AUGGGAAACGGCGUUGUUGUGGGGAGCAAAAUGGCGGCGCUGUGCCCGCUGUGGGCGCGGGCCGGGAGCCGCAGCUUUUCCCUGCUGCGAGGUUUUCCCUUCCCGCUGCUCUCGAGCGCUCUGGAGCCGCUCCCCGCGCCUUCCAACGCCGCCGUUCUCUGCCGCGUCCCGCUCCCAGCGUGGAAUUUCAGACAAAUCCGUGGAAAAUCCCGGGGGAACGAGUACCAGCCCAACAACUGGAAGCGGAAGAAGACGCACGGCUGGAUCAAACGGAUCAGAACUCCCGGCGGGGUCGCCGUGAUCCUGCGGCGGAUGCUGAAGGGGAGGAAAUCCCUGAGCCACUGAGGGAGCCCCGGGAAUUCUCCGGGAAUUCCUCUCCGGGGUGAGCCCGCCGGGGCCUGGAGGGGGUGCCCAGCCCUGCUGGCCCUGUCACUCCGUGCUUCUGAGGGCUUUGGGGCGCGGCUGCUGCUUCGGUUGUUAAAUUAUCCUCGCCUUUUCCACGCAUUUAUUCCGAAGUUUUUUUUUUGUUGUUGUUUGUUUAUAAACGUGGGAAUGCGGAGUAUGUUGAAA